AAAUAAUAAAGUUAAAUAACCUUACGUAUAAGAUGAAUACACGGCUUUAAUCAAAUGACUGAUAAGUAAGAUAAUGGUCCGUGCGUUAUCGUCGCGAUCACUUCUACAUAUAGUUUAUCAGACCCUUGACGUGCCAAAAUGAUGAAGUUAUUACUAGUUGUUUGUGUGGCAGUGGUGUCUCUCACUAGUGGUGCAGUGGUGAGACCCACUAACAGGUCUAGUUUGAGCGUGGGUUACAUUACAAAUGGCGACCGAUUGUUGCAUAGACAGUAUCUGAACAAACAGCCUGUCCCCAACGCUGUUCAGUACCAGGACUUCAUAUUCCGUGGGAAUGCUACGACCAGAAUAGCAGCGUUGACGGCGACGGAAAUAGGCUACAGCCAGAACGCUUACCCCUGGAUUACAUCGGGGGGCGUCGGGUACAAUUAUGCCACAGUAAGGGUUCAAAGUGCAAGGGGUUUGGGCUACUAUUACGUCAUUGAUGUUUGGGGACGAUAGUUCUAAUUCGUAUAAGAAGACAUUCAUUAAAAUCAAUAGAUGGA